UGGAUUCUUUUGAAUAUGGCUCCUAAAUGUUUUAUCUUACAUUGGAUUUGUGAUUCUAAUAUUCACUGUUCUGCUUUUAUAGGUCCAAUCCAUCAAAUGGAUCGACAGCCUGUGAAACAAAUGGUAUAUAUUAUAUUCGUUGAUCAUUCAGGCCCAUUUUCUUUUUCGGCAGUUGAAAGCCAAAAUCCGGACUACUCUCACUUUGUAUCGCUUCCAUUAGCCAUAUAUCCUGAACUGGUAAACAAACUCAUCAACUUUCAGAGCUCAGUUCUUGGAAUUACUGAAGUGUCCAAGUCCCCUACCUCAGAAUCAAAGGCUUCAGAACUAUUAGAGUUGGGAAUUGAGAAGUCCAUCUUUAUUAAUCCAAAAACAUUCCACUUGACUGUGCUCAUGCUGAAGCUUUGGAAUAAGGACGAUUUUGAAGCAGCUGCUCAGGUUUUGCGGAGUGUCUCACCAAAAGUACUUGAUGCUUUGGAGAGCCGACCUGUGUCUAUAAGACUGAAGGGUUUGGUAAGUAUUUAUCCAAGUUAUACAAUUAUGCACUUCGGGCUGCUAUAGUUGAUAACCAUUACAUGUUAAUUCUUAUCCGCGUAAGUUAUAUCAUCUCCUUAUUGAAGCUAAUUUUUUUUGUACACAGCUGGUUUAGUUAUGACAAUUUAAGUGGCAUUAUAACCCUUUCCUUUGAAAUUUAUCCGUGGAGUUCGUAUUUGCUUAUCUGCUUGUAAUCAAUCUUUGGGUGAAUCAUCUGUUGCUAAUCGUCUGCAUAAAAAGGUAUAGGUUAACGCACAAGAAGUGGAUAACCUAUUAUUGGGAAGGGUCAAAUAAUAGGGCGUGUAUAUUAUACCCGGAUGUAAUGACUACAAUAAAUAGCCACGUGGCCUAGUAAUAUGUUGCCAACGCAUUAAAUGGGACCACACCUAUUGCGCCAUUAGCGGGAGGGGUAAUUUUAAGCCUAGAAAUAACAUCGUGUGUAUUUAUGGACCAAAAGGUGGAUGCAAGGUAAUUUUAGACCAUUUACCAAGCAAUAGGGGUAGUUUUGGCCCUUUUCCGUAAGAAAAAUGAUCAAAACACCGCCUGCCACUACUCAUCCCAUCUCAUGUAGUAGAGUCCAAUAACGAAGAAACAUGGAAAAAUGUUGUAGAUUGAGCAGAAGGUGAUUAAUGGUUUUCUUGCUGUAGCAAAUGCACUUCACCAUUAAUGGCUAUCUUGAUGCAGCAAAGGAUCUGGGAUUCAUUGAACAAAGUAACAGAGGAGUGAAAGGAAACAAUGAAAGGAUAGACUAGUGGUGAGGAAUCUCCACCUACCGUAAGAUUAUUGGUUUAAGUCACCAAAAGAGCAAAGUAGGAAAGGAUCACUCCUCGGCUCAAAGUUCUCGAAUGAACAUCGAGGGAAGACAUCUAAGAGCAAGUCACCUUUCAGUAUUCACAAAUUUUAGCAACUGUCAAAUUGGAAAUUUUCAUAUUGUAUUACAGAAACUAAUGUUUUUAUAUUGUUUAGGUUCAUAUGCAUGAAGAUCAUCUAUAUUUUGUUUUUUCAGUAUUAAAUAUUGUCUGAAUUUAACUUGCACUUUAUCUUUUACUUCAAAAACAAAAUGAUAGAUCUCAUACUAGAGAUACUUGAAAUGUCCAACUAUAAGGUUCGAAUAAAUUUAAGUUGCCACCUGACGUGUUUGUUCCUUUUUUCCUUUUAUAACUAUACAUGUGUUGAAUGUGAUGUAAUUUUUCCAUGCACCACAAAAUUUCAAUAUUUUGUUGUGCAAAGUAAAAUAACGCGAGUUAACUUAAUCAAUUUAGUUGUACUUCGCUAGUGACUUUUUCUUUGGCUUUUUCCUUUUUGGAGAGUAAUUGCCGGGCUUGCAGUAUGUGUUUAUCAAAAAAAUGCAUACGGUCCACUCAGAUUUUAUUUUAUGGAUUCUGAUGUCUAUUUGUUGUGCUAUAGCAGUUUGCUAGUUUGGAAUAUUUUCUUGUGGUUUGAUGAUUUUCUCUUAUGGGCUAAUAAGUUAAUGGCUUGGGGAAACACUAAAACAAGAAAGAAAACCUCUCCAAACAGGAUACAAGAAUUAGUAGUGAUAUUACAGUUGUAGUAAUA